CGCCAUGACGCGGCUUUAUUGCUGACACAAGAUUGAAGAUUGCUAAACUGCUAGAUUCAAAUCCAGUGACGUACAUAGAUCUACGGGUUGUUGAGUUGGCGUUUUCUAAAAUUUCACUAUCUAAGUCACAGUUAUUUUUUUCUCUUUUCGAAAAUUAGUCUCAUGAUUAAGUCCGAAGAAAGAAUUUGAAUGUCUCAAAUAGUCUUCGAACCCAGAUGAAGACAAUUCUUACAGCUAAACAUCGCAAUGGGUUCCGACACCGACCCUCGCUUAACUGAGCUGCAGCCAUCCGGCUCCCUCGCUGUUCAUACAGCCGUUGAAUUUACUCAACAAGCAGAGAAACUUUCCCUCCAAACAGCAGAUAAUAACCAAUUCCCCGAGACUGUUGCGGUUGAGGCCCGGUUCAUAACGCCGCAAGAUCCGGUUAUUGUUACAGCUGACGGCAACCGAUUACCUACCGUCCCGCUUGAACAAGCUUAUAAAUUAAACAUACUGAAAGAUGAACUCAACAGCGACUUUUCGAAGGAGUCUGUUGGUCAGCACGAUGAUAAUGCCCAAGCGUCUCCGAGCGCCAUCGCUGGCUUCGGGCCAGGAUCCUAUGCGGAGGAUAAAGCAGCGCAGAAAUCGAAUCAGGGAUCUCUAAGGCGCUCUAUGCCACCGACAAAUACGCACCCUCUAUUUCCUCCUCUACCUUUAUACGGGCCACCAUCUUUACUUAGAGACAUACAAUGUUGGAUUUUUCGAGUGUCUUCAUUUUUCCUGAGUGCCGGCUUCUUAGGCGUUAUCGUUCUCGGUGCCUUGUUUACGAGCAUACCGAGGGUCUGUUAUAAAAUAUGGUUACGUCUAACGUUUCGAAAUCCCGAUGCCCGAAGACCUUUCUAUGAAGAGGAAACCCGGAGGAAGAAUACGCGAAAAGAACAGGCAAGAUCCUGGAAAAGGCGGAAGUCUCCAGGACAGAGGACUCCGGACCAAGAGAGUGCUCAGGAGAGCGAAGCCUUCGUUCCCACAGAGGGCGGCCCAGACCCGGUUAUUUGCGACGUUGGUUAUUAUGCGCGAAGAGUUGGCUUGGAUGUCGAAGAGUUCGAAGUCCAGACAGAAGAUGGAUUCAUCAUCGACCUAUGGCACGUCUACGAUCCUCGCGAGUACACGAAGUUAGAUGAUCAGGAAAGGUCAUAUCGAGGACCGGAGUUAUUUACAGGAGAUUACAGGAGAAGAUUAAGAGAUCCCAGUCAGAAACGCAAAUUUCCGGUGCUCUUGAUGCAUGGACUGCUACAGAGUUCAGGGGCUUACUGCGUCAACGACGACGAUUCCUUGGCGUUCUACCUAUGUAAAUCGGGUUACGACGUAUGGCUUGGAAAUAACCGAUGCGGUUUUCGCCCAAAGCAUACUUUACUAGAAUAUUCCGAUCCUCGUAUGUGGUGCUGGAAUAUCCGCCAGAUGGGCGUAUUUGACCUAUCUGCGUUGGUCUCGCGAGUCUUAUUCGAAACCGGAUUCGAAAAAAUCGGGCUAGUCUGCCACUCCCAAGGUACAACGCAAACUUUUGUGGCACUCGCGAAAGAACAACGUCCCGAGCUCGGUGAAAAACUCACUGUAUUCUGCGCCCUUGCACCAGCAGCCUAUGCCGGACCUUUGAUUGGCAAGAUGUACUUCAAGUUUAUGCGUGUCAUUUCACCGGGUCUCUUCCGCCUCAUGUUUGGCAUCCACGCAUUCAUCCCUCUGAUGAUGACGAUGCACUCGAUACUUCACCCCCACAUCUAUGGACAGCUUGGCUAUACCGUGUUCUCAUUCCUGUUUGACUGGACCGAUACUCGAUGGGAUCGCGGUUUGAGGGAUCGCAUGUUUCAAUUUGCGCCCGUGUACGUGAGCUCGGAAUCAAUGCGUUGGUGGCUAGGCCGGGAAUGCUUUGCGAAACACAAGUGCAUCCUCUCUACUAAGGAGGAGUGGCACGAUGAGGAUCGGGAAGAUGGAACUGAUGGGCCCCUUGCAGAAACAGACAGCCAGCGCAGAGACUCUGGCAUAGCGAACAGUACUAGAGAGCACCAUAGGAGACCAAAGGGCACAACAGCCUGGUACAAUGAUCAAGUCUGCCCGUUCGCGUUGUGGGUAGCUGGAAACGAUGAUCUCGUCGACGGACGGAAAUUACUGCAUCGGUUCGAGAGAGGACGUGAGCCACAUGUCAAAGUGGUUCAUAGCAAGGUUCUUCCAGAAUAUGAACAUCUCGACGUUAUAUGGGCGAUGGACGCUGUCGACCAGAUCUUCCAGGAGUUGCGGGAGGUACUGUGGAAGACUUGCAAUGCUCGUGACGAGUGUAGGGUACCGAGUGGUUGCGAGAAUGUUGCGGCCUGGAUACCGGAAGACGUCUCCAAUGGAGAUGCGGAGCAGUCGAGCAGUGAUUCGGCGUAAUCCUUCGUCCUUACUAGAACAUGAUACCCCCUUUCAUUUUUACGGCUUAGAUACGACUUCUUAAUGGCAGUGGUUUGGAUUUAACGACUGAUGAUUAUAUUAUGAUGUAUAUAUCCAUAAGAGACUUUAGAAAGUGAG